AUGCCCCCUUUCGUUGCCAAACUCUGUGCCAUCUUGCCCCGCUGUGAUUUGGACGCCGCCCAGGCAACUGGUGUCAGUGUACAUCGCACACCCACCAGCGUCGGCCAUGGUGUAUAUCACCCUGACACCCCCCAGCAGGCGCCUGGUACCAGUCGCCCGGAGAGACAAAGACCCUGUUCUUUAAACCCUUCUGUCAGGUGCGAUUCUGGCGGAAACACCGUUAGGUGGGACGAUGUUGCCGAGCUCGAAGGAGCGAAAGAAGUGGUGUUCUUCCACAUCAAGUUCCCUCUGUCAAGAAAUCGACACCAUGUUGGUCCGGACUCCGGAGACCCGUUGGCGAUCGAGAAGAGCUGGAGCGAAGUCGAGGCUACAGAGCUGCUUGAGCCGGCCUUCACUCUGCCUGAUUUACACCGAGCGGUACGCAAUACUACCCCACCAGUUACACAGGAGGAUAUCAAGACACACUUGGAGUUCACAAAUGGAUUUGGGGCCGACGGGGCUCAUGAUCAUGUGUUCCUAUCCCACUCUUUGGUUUCAUUUGUACUCGUAUUUUGUCCCGUCUCUCUGUCGCUCCAGACUCGCCACUUUCCUUGUCUUCCAUGA